CAUACCGCAAAACCAAGUUGUUGAACAACUGUUAAGAACUUCUACUUAUAAUUUUAACCGCGAUUUAAGCGAAAACUCGCGUUUUGAGUUUUAAUACUCGAUUUAAGUGUUUUUUUUUGUUAUUUAGACAUGAUGAACCCAUGCGUGAUUGCCGAACCCAAGGAAGAUGAUGUGGGGGAUGGUAGAUGGAUAAGUAUGCACAACCGUUUUGUACAACUGGCUAAAACUAACGAAUCCGAAGUUAUUUUUAUUGGAGAUUCUAUAAUAGAGCAACUACAAUUCACUUCCCUAUGGGCAGAAAAAAUAAGUUCCCUUCAUUGUAUUAAUUUUGGAAUUGGUGGUGACAGGGUGGAAAAUGUUUUGUGGAGGGUGCAGAACGAAGAAUUAAAUUUCAACGUAAAAAUCAAAGCGAUAGUUCUGUUUGUAGGUACAAAUAACACAGAUUGUACCCCACAUGAAAUAUUCGAAGGAAUUUUGGAAAUUAUUAAGGAAAUUAAACACCGUUUGGGGAGAGUGAAAAUUAUUUUACCUACAUUACUACCUAGGGGCCACUUUCCGAACCCUUUUAGAGAGAGAAAUGAUCACGUGAACACUUUUUUGCUGGAUAAGUUUUUAAAUGAGGCCAAUUAUGAUGAAGUAACGGAGGACGUGAUUUUGGUACCCAUACACGAAAAUAUCGUAGGCAAUGACCAAACUAUUUCACACUAUAUUAUGCACGAUUACUUGCAUCUAACUAACGACGGUUAUAAUAAAGUUUUCACCCCUGUAUAUGAAAAAUUAUGCGAAGUUUUAAAAAUUAAGUUGUAAAACUAUUUUUUUUUGUUAAUACACAUGUU